GUCAAAAAAAAAUGUUAUUAAAAAAAAAUUAAGAACGUUGUAUAACAUCUAAAUAAACUAUUGAAAAAAAAAUUAACUCUUAAUUUUCAUUAUUUAGGCUGUUUUAGCCCAUUAAAGUUCUAAGGUUUUCUGAAAUUAACCGUGUACUCCAUUCACGGUUCCUCGUGAACCAUACAGAAUUAUGACGUAUGAGCCGCGAGACUCAAAAUCACUUAGUCAUGGAUAGUAGCGAAAAAAGUAGUUGUGCUAGUGAACAUAGCGAAGUAUAUAGUUCUGAAACAGAUGAAAGUAUUUGCAAAGGGUGUUAUGAUAACGAACCUGAAUAUACUGAAAGUCAGUUGAAAAACAUUUGUUCAUCAAAAACUGCGAAUGAUAUUUCAGACGACGACGAAGAUGAGGAUUUAGACUCAAGCAGGUUAGAAAACUUACAUUGGUGUAAGUGUAAAAAAUGUGAUAUACACGAGUUAAUGACUGUUGAAGAAUGCAAGUGUUGUUUGGAGUUUACAACUUUACUGGGAGAAAAGCUGGAAGAGAAUACAUGUAUUACCUUGCAUAAAGAUUUUAAUAUUCUUUGUUUAAAUCGCACCGUAUUAGAGACAGCAAGCAUUAGACAUCGCAGAUAUCAAAAUAAUUUCAAGGAUAUAAAAUCUUUUCAAAACAAACAACUACGCUUUUCAGCAUACAGACAAUAUACGGCUUGGGUGCAUUACUAUGAAAUGUAAUGUCUGUGAAAGUGUGGUUUCUUUGUUUUCACUAAGUAACUUCUUUACGGUCUAGAAUAAAAAAAUGAAGUGUAGAUCAACCCUUAUAUUUUUCUUCGAAGUCCAGCCAGGUGCGCAUGAAAACUUAACCUGGUUUUCAUUAACAUUGAUAACAAAAAUAACAUAUGAUAAUAAAAAGUAAUACUA